AUGCUACGUCCUCUAAUUUGUCUUGCGCCUCCUCUUCAGUCAAGACAGAUCGCAGUCUGGCACCGCUGUGGCGUCGCUACCGCAACACACAAGCACCAUCCAAAUCCGGGAAAUUUCGCAAACAGGCCACGGGAGGAGCUGUCAGCAAUGGGCCACCGGGGUGGUAAAAAGGGUGGGAAAGCGCGAGGCGUUGGCGGAUUUCAUGACAUGGAUCCAGACAAACAGCGCGAAAUCGCCUCCAAGGGUGGUCGCGCCACGCGCAAAGCAGCCUUCGAGACGGAAGAGGCUGUGAGAAACGCACGGAUGCACGACGCUGAGGUGACCAGGCGUUCGCGGGAGCCCUCUGUAGUGCCACCUGGAUUUGAAGAAUGGAAAACUUGA